UCUUAAAAUCGGUGGCACUCUUCAUUUAAUUGUCAUUUUCGUGGAUGGAGCAUUCAAAUAGUUAAACCGAUCUAUACUCUAGGCUAUAGUGGAUCUCAAUUCUCAAGUGUUAGUAUUAGUAUAUCUCCUCUAGCAUAUGUAGUGAAGCACCACAUUUCCACCUAUAAAUACCCACACUCACUAAAUCAAACCCACAUCACACCCAUGGCCGCCCUUCUCCUCCUCUCACUACUCGCCCUCUUCUUCUGGCAGCAGCCCUCCGCCGCCGCCGCCCUGAACUGCGGCGGCGCCGACGAGGGGGCCAGCACCCUCCAAGUGAUCCACGUGAACAGCCCCUGCUCCCCUUUGAGGCCGAAGACCCCCCUCUCAUGGGAAGACUCGGUGCUCCAAAUGCAGGCCGACGACAAAUCCCGCCUCCAAUUCCUCUCCACCCUCGUCGCCGGCCGCUCCAUCGUCCCCGUCGCCUCCGGCCGCGCCGUCACGCAGAACCCCACCUACAUUGUCCGCGUCAAGAUCGGCACCCCCGCUCAGCAGCUGCUCGUCGCCCUCGACACCAGCAACGACGUCGCCUGGAUCCCAUGCACCGCCUGCAUCGGUUGUUCCGCCGCCACCUUCGACCCCGCCAAGUCCUCCUCCUUCAAGCCCCUCCGCUGCGGCUCCCCCCAAUGCGCCCAGGUCCCUAACCCGAGUUGCGGCGGCAAGUCGUGCGGGUUCAACACCACAUACGGCAGCUCCUCGAUCUCGGCCGGUCUAGCACAGGACAACAUCACCCUGGCCACCGACUCGGUUCGCGGCUACACCUUCGGCUGUGUGCAGAAAACCACCGGUUCGUCGUUCCCGGCCCAAGGGUUAUUGGGCCUGGGCCGAGGCCCAUUGUCUCUAAUGAGCCAGACCACGAGCCUUUACCAAUCCACAUUUUCCUACUGCCUGCCCAGCUACAAGUCCGUCAAUUUCGCCGGUUCACUGAGGCUCGGGCCCAACAGCCAGCCCAAGAAAAUCAAAACCACCCAACUUUUGAAGAACCCUAGAAGAUCGUCUCUCUACUAUGUCAAUCUCCUCGCCAUCAGAGUCGGGAGAAAGGUCGUCGCAAUUCCUCCCUCUGCCUUCGCCUUCGAUCCCAACACCGGUGCCGGCACCGUUUUCGAUUCAGGCACGGUGUACACGAUCCUGGUGAAGCCGGCGUACGUGGCGGUGAGGGAUGAGGUGCGGCGGCGGAUGCGCGGCGCGGCCGUGACGUCGCUGGGCGGGUUCGACACGUGCUACAGCGGGCCGAUCAGCGUGCCGACGAUCACUUUCAUGUUCUCCGGCAUGAACGUGACGCUGCCGCAGGAGAAUUUCGUGAUCCGCAGCAGCGCGGGGACCACGAACUGCCUGGCGAUGGCGGCGGCGCCCGACGGCGCCGUGAACUCGGCGCUGAACGUGAUCGCCAGCUUCCAGCAGCAGAACCACCGCAUCCUGAUCGACGGGCCGAACUCGAAGCUGGGCGUGGCACGUGAGACGUGCAGCUGAUGUCGGUGCCGACAGGGAAAGUGACUGGUGGUAUUUACUAAAUUAAGAAAAAUGGAUGGGAUAUUUGGCGCAGUGAGAUUUGUAGUUUUGCUACUAUGUAUUGUAUUGUAUUGCAGUCACGGGUUUGAGUUAGUUUUUUUUGUUGAAUGGUGAAUUGGCAGCGUAAAAUUGAUUGUGAUUUGUCACGGGUGUUAGCCUAGGAUGCUGCUUCCUUUGCAUUUUGUAAUAGUAAUAAUAAAUCUACUUUUUUACUCUUUA